AUGGAAAGAUAUAAAUUAUUUAUAAAUGAACUAAAGGAAGAAAACAAGAAAAUCAGGAAAAAGAUUAUUUUCGUAAAUAACAAAAUAAAAUAUAAGGUAUUAAAUGAUGGAGUAAUUAAAUACAAUAAAUAUUUUGUAAAAAGUUAUCGAGAGGAAAAGAAAAACAAUGUGUAUAAAUACUAUAAACACAAAAUUACGAGUAGCAAAAGAAAAAAAAAAUUUUUAAAUGAUGAUUUCCCAUAUUUUGAAAUAUAUAAAAAUACCAAUGAUGCUUUUAAAAAUAAUUUAUCAGGAUAUCGUCUUUUAAAAAUUAUGCAAAACUAUAAUGAAUUAAAAUUAUUUCAUUUUUGUGCAAAAAAUGACCUGAAAAAUUAUGCUUAUUUAUAUUCACAUAUCAUAGAAAUUGUAAUAAAAAAAAGAGAUCUUUAUACCAUCGAUCAAGUGUUACUAUUAACUGAUAAUAUAAGAAAAUUAAAUUAUUACAAUCCCUACUUUUGUAAACUUAUAUGUAGAGAAGUCUAUCUAGACAUAUAUAAAAUUAAGCAUAUGAGCCAGAUAACUCGUUUUAUAAAGUUUUUGAUGCAUUUCAAUAUUUUCAACUUUUAUUAUUUGGACAAAAUUUAUAAAUAUAUUAUAUACCUAGUUACCCAGAGCAACGGGUGGAAGCUCACGCCCGUUGGUGCGAAUACCGCCACUGCUGCUGCUUCUAAUGCUACUAUUGCUGCUGCUUCUAAUGCUACUAUUGCUGCUGCUUCUAAUGCUACUAUUGCUGCUGCUUCUAAUGCUACUAUUGCUACUGCUUCUACUUCUACUGCCUCUACUAAUAAUGAUGAUGAUACAAUAACUUUCAGAACAAAAGUACACGUGAAUGAAGAAGGGGGGAUACGCGAUGCAGCCUUUGAUGCCAUUCUUCUGCCAGUAUAUAACGGUGAUAUCGCCACCUUAUCAACGUCUUUUUUAAAAUAUAAACAUUUCAACGAGGAUAUGUUAAUGAUGCUAAUCUAUCUGUAUGAUCAUGAGAAUUAUAAACAUUUAAAAAAUGUCGAAACGUUGUAUCAUUUGUCGACAUUAAGUGAAUAUUAUAAUUUUAUAAACAAAUAUUACAACACUGCUAACUUUUUUAUGAAUACAUUUAAAAAUGAUAUAUUAAAGAAUACAUCUCAUCACAGCAAUUUUAUUUUAUUAAUGAAAACAUUUUAUAAUAUAUGUAAGAUGUGUAACACGUCUUUCCAUUUUGACACCUAUAAUUUAAUUAUUCAAAAGUAUGGCUUCUUAAACGAUAAACUAGAAGAGUGUGUGCAUGGAGGCGUGUUAGAGGCGAGGAACGCCAUGAAUUAUGUGUUAACCGCGUGCGCAAAAAAGAAAAAAAAAAAAAAUGUGCAAAAAAUAGGAAAGGAUUACAAAAAUGAGAACAAAAUGGAGCACAAAAACGAAGCAAUAGUUAUUAGGAAAAAAUACAAUAAGGAUAAGGAGGAAGACAAGCAGCAGAAUCAGCAGAAGCAGAAUCAGAAGCAGCAGCAGCAGGGAGGGAAAAAAAGCUCUACUGAUCAACGCGAAGAUAACCUCAUUGCACCUCAUCAGAAGGCACCUUUCCAACCAUUUAAUAUGAACAUACAUGAUAAUAACUUAAAAAGACAUACCAUAAAUGACGAUUAUUUAAUUAUGCACUCGUAUAAUGAAUCCCAUGCUAAUAGCAAUAAUUUUUACUACCUAUUUGACGCAAUAAAAUAUAUUAUAUUAUUUGUAGAAUUAAAAAUACUAUCAUUUUCUCCCUUUAAAAAAAAAAAAAUAGAACGUUUAGCCGAAAUUGAAUUUUUAAAAAGAAAAAAUUUUGAAAGAGAUAACGAAAAAAAUGUGUAUAAAUACAUUUCUCAAAAUAUUAGUAAAGAACAACGGGAGCAUAUGGAAUAUAUAUUAAGAACAAAUAAGCACGACAGAGAUUUUGAUGAUACAAAUUUGAAAUUUUUAUUUUAUUUAAAUUAUAAUAAGUAUCAAUGCGAUAAUGAUACGUAUGAUUAUGGCGCAAAUUUAAAAGAAGAAUCUAACGAUAAAUGGGAGGAAGAAACAACAUCACAGAAUGAGAGAGAUGAAAAAAAAGAAAAAACGCAAAGGGGAAUAAUCCUUUCAUCGGACGAUAUUAAUAAUUAUGUAAAGGAGAAACAGGAUAUCAAAUUCAAUUUAAAGGAUGAUACAUAUUUUUCUCAUAUUUUUUUUCACUUAUCUUCAAUACAAUUUAUUUUAAUUUUUUUUUUUUUAUCUACUGCACAGUUCAGCAAGGAAGAAGAGCGCAUAAUGAAAGAGUCUCUUGAAGCCUUAGCAUUUUACAAAAGCAUUUUACAAAGACUUGACGUUAAUGACGUGGCUGAUUUGUUCUACUUUUUAACGGUGUUUCAAGUUAUUCAGGGUUAUCAAGAAGGAACAAUAAAAAAAAAUGAAUACGGUUAUUAUGAAGUUAUGAAGAAAAAGGAUAAUGAGGAAUUGUAUAAACUACUGUCCAAUAUUUUAAUCAAGAAAAUUAUUAACAUACGAGAAGAAAAUUUGUACAAAAUAAUUUUAUCUUGUGCAAACACUGCUUACUCGGAUGUCUAUUUGAAUCACUUUUUAAAAAAUUUUAAUAGGCACAUAAAAUUCAGCAAAAUGAGAAAAUUUAUGAACUGUUAA